UAAUUUUUCUGUUCUCGUGUUAUUUUGCAAGUGCAUUUCAGUGGAUUGUUUGGAUUGUCUGUCAGUGCAAUAAAAUUGAAGAAGAAAAAAAAACUCUUUGAAAUGGCCGAUAUAGCCGAAUCAUCGUCACAGUCGCCAAUUCCGAUUGAAGAAGAUGCAAUACCAUCGACACCAGCAAAAAAAGUGAAACUAAGCGGUGCAAAGAAACCAACAUCCGAACUCGUUCUAAAUGCAAUUAAAACACUCGAAGAUUGUAAUGGUUCAUCAUUGCAGGCAAUUAAAAAAUUUAUUGCAACAAAUUAUAAAUUGGAUACGGAUAAAAUGGCACCAUUCAUAAAAAAGUACAUUAAAAAUGCAGUUGGUGCGGGUAAAUUGAUACAAACAAAAGGAAAAGGGGCAUCGGGUUCAUUUAAACUACCAAUAAAUGUGGCAGCCAAAUCAAGCAACAAUGAGAAAAAGAAAAAAAUUAUCAAAAUAAAGAAAAAUAAGAAGGAAAAAUUGUUAACAGCAAUACAAACGGUGGCCGAAAAUAAAAAGCAUUCGUCGAUGAAAAAAGGCACAAAAAAGUCAAAGGCAUCAAAAAAAUCGAUGACACCAAAACAAAAGUCGACAAAGCAAUCAGCGAAAGUGGUGUCAAAAAAAGUGAAAGCACCGAAAACAAAGAAGGCUCCAUCUGUAAAGAUGACCAAUGCAGAAAAAAAAGCAUCCAAAACCGCAAAAUCAAAUUAACCGAACAACGUUUUCAAUCGGCAAAGCCUUAAAUUUCACAUAUCACACCAAAUGUAUUCAAAAUAAUAAUGAGACAUGGAUAAAAUGAUAUGGAUAAAUUAUGAAUUCACAUUCAACCGGCGCCAUCUUGGUUUAAAUAUUAUUUUAUUAAUUUACAUGUUUUGAAAAUUACAAUGCAACAUAAUCACUAUUUCAUUAUACCUAUUUAUGACAUAAGAAGAAACAAAUGUAACGAAAUAUUCACCAAUCACAAUUGAAAUAAAUAAAUUCUGAUUUAAAAUUAGAAUUCCCCACCCAUAAAAAUACGAUUGCUAUGUUAGACCAGAUAUAGUUUAAUUUUAAAAUAAAAUAAAUAUACAAUUGCGUUAUAAAUCAGAGCAGUCUGAUUAAUCACAAGUGAAGUCAAUGAGCGAAAGUUGAUUUUCAAACGAAGAGCUGAGAAAAAUAAAAUCAAAAUUUACUGCCAAAAU